UCUGUGCUCUGAGGGAGGGAAAUAGAGGGAGAAAGAGAGAGAAAGAGAGAGGGAGAAAGAGAGGAGAGGGAAGGCGGACGUGGACGUGAGUCGGAGAGGGGACACACCACAGAGGACUGGAACACAAACGGAGAGAGAGAGAGAGAGAAGGCAAAAAACCACGCAAAUCUGAAAGCAGGAUCAACCCCCAGAAGUCGUCUGUAUUGUUUUUAAACUCAGCACAGAAGGAGAAUAAAGUCCACAUGGGACUUUGAAGACAGAGCCAUGCCACAGUGGAGUUGGCUCGAGGCAAAGGAUUAGGCUGGGACAGUGGCUCAACUUCUGUUUGAGCGGUGAGUUCUUCCUCCCUUCCACACUAUCUAUGCAUGCGUGAGUAGUAACACAACAAACUUCAGACGUUUCGCCAGUCAGUGACAAGCAAACUCAGACAAGGGCAGGGGAGAGUCGAAGAUGUCUUUUGCUAUGGUGCGUCCAGCGCCCAGCCGCUACCUGUACUCCGAGAUCUCCAUGAUGUCGGAGGACGAGGAGAACGGCAGCGAGAGCUCAGGCUCGGACGACCGCUCCUUCCGCCUGGACACCUCGGGCUACGAGAUCAAGGUGGGCACCCGCAAACGCAAGCCUGGCGCUGGAGGGGCUGGAGGUGGCGCGGACGGAGGCAUGCGACUCGGUGUGGUGCCGCAACCCGCAAUGAUAGUGGGUCCGCACGGCGAGGUUCGUCAGCGGAACGCGGCGAACGCCCGUGAGAGGGACCGCACCAACAGUGUCAACACGGCCUUCACCGCCCUCCGCACGCUCAUCCCCACCGAGCCAGCCGACCGCAAGCUGUCCAAGAUCGAGACGCUUCGGCUGGCCUCCAGCUAUAUCUCCCACCUGGGCAACGUGCUGCUGGUCGGGGAGGCCUGUGGGGACGGGCAGCCCUGUCACAGUGGGGGGCCCUCGGCUAACUCCUACUACCACCACCAUGGCUCACCAGCUCGCGAAUCCGAAAACUCACAGCCCAAACAGAUCUGCACCUUCUGUCUUAGCAACCAGAGAAAAAUGAGCAAAGACAGAGACAGAAAAACAGCUCUGAGAAGCUAAUGAAGUCUUGGGCCGGAGUGAAGAACACCACACACACACACGGCUAAACACAAACUUGACAUUCCUUUUGUGUAUAUAUGCAAAUAUCAAUUCAUAUUUAAUUAUAUGUAAAAAUAAAAAAGGUAAAUGAAGAAGCAACAACACAGAAAAGGAAAGAAAAGAAACGUUGGACCGCAGUUUUGCAGUGGCCUUCAUAGCAGUCACAUAUUCUCAGUUAAGUUCUUUUGUGCCAGAGCACUAUAGUGAUUCUGGCUUCACUUGUCUCAAAAAAUAUCCUUCACUACGACAGAAGAACGCAUCACUUCACCCACAGGAGAAACUUCUACCUGGACACUAUCUUAAAAAAAAAAAACCUACAAAAGGCAAACUACCACAAACUUAAAAAUAAUGACUUGGACUUAAAAAGUGACCGACAAUACUUUCAUACAAACAUGAAGGAUGCUACAGCACCAAGAAGAAAAGGUGGCCAGCUGACAGUGGGAUCACUAACUUCCUGAAAUGGAGGACCCCUUUAAUAAACUGAGGGCAACAAGAGGAAGGAAGCUUGUAAAUUUCUCUGACUUUGACUUAUUUGUGUUUGUGCUUAAAAUAUGAACGAUUAAGCCCACACUAUCUAAAAAAAAAACUACAGACAUAGUAUUUGAU